AUGGUUAUUGGUAUUAACACAACUUUUAGCAGCCAAAAGAGAAGAGACUCUGUUCGUGCUACUUGGGUGCCACAAGGUGAUAAACAAAAGAAGCUUGAGGAAGAAAAGGGCAUUAUAAUUCCAUUUGUAAUAGGUCACAGUGCUACAGCAGGCAGUAUUCUUGAUAGGGAUAUUGAAGUAGAGGACAGGAAGCAUGGAGACUUUCUGAGGCUGACAAAAAUUAACCAUGCUCGCCUCCCACCAGGUGGUGCUUUUACUGGUGAGAUUAGUGCUGAGAUGCUUCUCAAUCUAAGCAUUCCUUGGGUCAUUAUCAGCCAUUCUGAAAGGAGGCUUCUGUUAGUUUGUUGGAGACAAGUUGCAUAUGCCCUGGAUCGAGGUUUGAAGGUAAUAGCUUGUGUUGGGGAGACCCUUGAGCAGCGAGAAUCAAGAUCGACUAUGGCUGUUGUUGCUGCACAGACUAAGGCAAUUGCAGGUGGUUGCAAACGCUAUAGCGCACUACCACAGUCCUGCUGCCACCCCAACUCUAAGCUAUAUCGGCCGGCGUGGGUUAAAAAAUCGAAUGAUAUAUUUGGAUGUACAAGAAUCCCAGCACCACACCACCAGCGCAACAGCCAAUCUCCGACACCACCAAUGUUCAAGUUGUAG